AUGAAAUCUGGUGGCCACAGUUCACAUUCUUUAUCUGUGUACAGCUGUCAACUUUGCAAUCCCAACCAGGUGAAGAAAAUAUUUGAGUUUCUUAAAGAUGGAUUUCAUGAAGUCAGCAGUUCCCUUCAUUUGUCCUUCGAUGACGAUUCUGUUGCUGAUGAAAAAAUUCCCUUCCUAGCAUACCUAGCUAGUUUUUUGAAAGAUAAUAGAACCAAUCCUUGUGAGCCUCUAGCUGGAUGUCUAAACUUCCGGAAUCUUGUUGCUGGAUUUAUGAAGUGCUACCACCACAUCUCACUGACAUCUGAUAAUGUUGUUGUAUUCCCUUCCCAUGCUGUGGCAAUAGAAAAUGCUCUUCAAUUGUUCUCACCGGCCCUUGCAAUUGUUGAUGAACAUCUGACCAGACAUUUGCCGAAGCAGUGGUUAAGAUCUUUAGCGAUUGAGGAAAGAGCAGACGGUAAAGACACUAUCGGUGUAAUUGAGGCAUCACGCCAAUCAGAUUUGCUGAUCGAGUUGAUCAGGAAAUUGAAGCCUCAGGUUGUUGUUGCUGGCAUGGCUCAAUUUGAGGCUAUCACCAGUGCUGCUGUUGUGAAUUUACUAAGCGCAACGAAAGAUGUUGGUUCUCGGUUACUCCUAGAUAUAUCAGAGCAUCUGGAGUUGUCUAGUCUGCCAAGAUCUAAUGGUGUAUUGAAAUAUCUUGCUGGAAACUCCCUACCUUCCCAUACAGCUAUACUGUGCAGUUUAGUAAAGAAUCAGGUAUAUCCUGAUCUGGAAGUUGCUUUUGUCAUUUCUGAAGAUGGAGCUGUCUGCAAGGCACUAUCACAAACUAUUGAACUAUUGGAAGGGCGUACCUCUGUAAUCAGCCAGAACUAUUAUGGCUGUCUUGUCCAUGAGCUGCUGGCUUUUCAAAUUGGUGAGAGGCAUCGGCAACAAAAAACACUUGAGAGCUGUGGCUGGGAUGUUGCUGGCUGUCAAGGUGGUAUAUCAAUGCUGGCGAAACCGGCAGCCUAG